AUGUCAACCUUCAAGACCAAAGUGUCAGUUACCCACAUCGGGACCGCCACCACGAUCCUCGACAUCGACGGUAUCACCUUCCUCACUGACCCCUUCUUCUCCCCCGCCGGCACCACUUUUGAACACGCAGGCUACGUUCUCAAGGUCCACGACGAUCCAGCCCUCAAGCUCGAUCAGCUCCCCCACAUCGACGCGGUCCUCCUCAGCCACGAGAACCACGCCGACAACCUCGACCCUCUCGGCCGUCAGCUCCUCGACGGCAGGCGCGUGUUCACCACCGUCGACGGCGCAAACAACCUCGCCCCUCGCCCCGACGUCAUCGGCUUCAAGGACUGGGAAGAGCGUCAGGUCCGCAUCGCUGGCAAGCUCUUCACCAUCACUGCCACGCCUUGCACACACUGGCCUGGACAUGAAUGCGUCGGCUUUAUCGUCCACACGGAGGACUUUGGCGUCGCGGCUGAUGGGAAGCCGAAUGCGAUUUACUUCACUGGGGAUACCGUCUAUGUCCCUGACCUGGCGCGCAUGGCGGAGAAAUAUCACAUUGUCAUUGCUUUGAUGAACCUGGGCAAGGCGACGUUUGAUGGAUUGCAGAUCACCAUGGACGGCAAGCAGGGGGCGCAGCUGUUUAAGGAUAUCAAGGCUGAUUUGUUGGUUCCUAUGCAUCAUGAGUCGUGGGAUCAUUUCACGCAGAAUGAGCCCGAGUUGGCGAGGGAGCUGCGGGAGGAGGGGGUGUUGGAUUCUGUUCGGUGGCCUAAGCCUGGGGUGCCGUUGAGGCUUACCUAA